UGUUUUGCGCAAAUGAAUACAAAAACAUUGGAACAUGGAUGAUGUGAUUGAUUUGCACAUUCAACACCUUCUAGGAGAAGAUGAUGACAGUGAUUCUUCUGAUAGUUCUUCAGCAUCAACAGCUGAUCCUUCAUCUUCUCAUGAAAAUGAUCAAGUGACAACUUCUGAUGCCAGUGUAUUAUAUGACACUUCCUUACCUGCUCUACAUUCGUACUUGGGAUCAGACCUCGAAGAGCUUAGCGGGAGGACCGUGUUGGAUGAUGACAGUUGUCAAACUAUUCCUCUCCUUACAUUGCCAGGUGUUGUUCUAAUUCCCGGACAGACACUUCCAUUACAGUUGUUUAACCCUGCUACUGUUUCAAUGUUGGUUCAUAUUAUUAAAAAUGAUCGGACAUUUGGAAUGAUAAAUUCUAGAUUUUCUGGAAGAACAUUUAAUAAUGUUUUAGAUCCUAUUGGUACAACAGCAGAAGUGCGUUCAUAUAGGGAGGGAGAUGAGCUUCAUGGUAUCAAUGUCCUAAGAGUGAAAGCCGAAGGUCGACAGAGGUUUGAAGUGUUGGAAACACGAAGACAAGCUGAUGGGAUGAUAAUUGGAAAGGUUCGUAUAUUACCUGAACUUGAACUUGGAGAUCCAUCUGUUGGCGCAAAGUUAAGCAGUUUAGAUAAAUUUCGUGAUCCUCUAGGAGCAGAAUGCAGGAGUACAUUGCAUCCUAAACCUACAACUAACUACAAAUCUCAUAAAAACAAAUAUGAUUUUGCAAAUUAUACGUGGUUUCCUCCAUUUGUGUACAAAAUGUUUGAUCAAUAUCUACUGAUUAAGAAAAUUAAGGCAGAACUGAAAGGCUGGAACAGGAGUGUUACAACCGAUUCCAUGCCCUGCAAUCCAAAAGAGUUUUCAUAUUGGGUGGCGGCUAAUCUUCCUUUAGAUGAUACUCAGAGGCUUGCUCUACUCAGCAUUAAUGAAGUGACUCACCGGUUGAAGUUGGAACUCAAAAUAUUAGAAGAAUGUUCUGUCCUAUGUUGUAAGGAUUGCAACCGCAUCAUUGCCCACCGCGACCAAAUAUUUAGUAUGUCUUUGCAAGGACCACAAGGGACAUACGUUAAUCCAAAUGGAUAUGUUCAUGAAGCUAUUACAGUUCACAAAGCCAAAAAUCUUCUUGUAAGCGGGAGACCUUCUACAGAGCAGAGUUGGUUUCCUGGAUAUGCCUGGACUAUAGCUGAAUGCGAACAAUGUCACUGUCAUAUGGGAUGGAAAUUCACUUCUGUAAAGAAAAAUCUUAAGCCCAGCAAAUUUUGGGCUCUUUGCCGGUCUGCAAUUCAUACAAAAUUGGCAGAAAAUGUGGAAAUAUCUAUCGAUGACUGAGAAAGAGACUCUGAAAAUAUGUAUUUUUUGUGAUACUUUAGUAGAAGUCAAGGACUUAAUGAACGGCCCUUUUAUUCAUGUUUUGUUAAAUAUUCAAACAAAAGAAGGUAUAUAUUUUUCAUAUGGUUGUAUUUAAAAAGAAAAUUCUGAUAAUUUUGUAUGAUAUCUUUGUUGAAUUUUGUUCGCAUUUUAAUCAUGAGUGGGGUGACUUCAUCGUCUAAAAAAAAAAAAAAAAUCUAGUAAGUUUCAGUUUAAUUGCAGAGUUGCACAGAACAAUCAGGGCAACAGGGAAAUAAUGCAAUAUCAGGUUAUUCUGGAAAAAUUAGGAAAAUAAGCAAAAAUUUCCCGAAAUUGAGUAAUUCUUUAUCUUAAUUAUCACAUCCUUAUUAAAUUGCAAACCUAAAGCUUUACUUAUAAAAGUUUGCCUUCUUUUAUGCCUCUAAAUCCACAGUUCGAAAAUUGCGAACUUUUCACACCCUCUCAGAGGAUUUGAACUAAUUUUCGAUCUGUACUAAUUAUUGUUGAAAGGGUAACUAAAUAGAAUUUUGUUUGGUUUGUUUAGCUGGCACGUAAUUUAAUUGCAUAAGUUUUAUGUGAUAAAAAAAAAAAAAUGUUGACUAGGUUACUCUGAGAUGCAUUCUGCUGUAAUUUAAAAUGAUUUGGCUAUUUUCAGUUAAGAGCUUUGAGAUUGAAUCUUACAAUUUAUUAAAUUGCAGUUAUUCCUUGUAGGUUCAUUACAGCAAUUCAGUGUAACUUUGAGGUUUACAAUUUCAAUAUUUUAAACUGCAUCAUUAAUAUUUUAAUAGUUUCAUUGUGUUUGUUGGUAUGAAGUAUUAAAAACACUUCUAAGCUAUUGUUUAGUUAUCUAAAAUUAAGAAAUGUUAUUAAAUUCAUUUCAUAUAAAUUAUUAGCUUCAUUCAAAGCCAUCUUUUCAUUUAGGGUCACUUUUGUGUCACAUUAGAAAUUGGACACAAAAUAAAUGACUUUAUAGCAAGAAUCAGGGCCAUAACCCUACUUUUGUUUUGAGGAGGGUUUUACCAAAUAUGUACAUUUCUUGUGGAAUCUAUAUGAUAAAAAAAAUGAUUUCAUUUGUAUAUUCUAUUGAUUUUGUUACAAUAGGUUAUUUAAAUGAAGGUGUUCUGCUUUAGGCAUUAACAUGAGCAAAUGAAAAAGAUGACUUUCAAAUGAAGAAAAAUGCAUACCAUCACCCCUGUGAAAUAUUUGGUGUCUUUUCAAUAACUCAGAAGAAUAGAUGCAUGUACUCAUAUAUACACAUUCGAAAUAAUGUUUCUUGAAUUUAUAUUUUUGACACUUAUAAAACAUGUUAAGUAUUAGUUUGGCACAGGGCGGGAUUUAGGGGAGGGCAGCGGAGCUACUGCCUCGGGGCCUCCACAACAAAGGGGCCCCCACAAUAAAAUGUUUGCAAAAUAUCCUAACUUUCACAGGUCAGCAAAUUUUAUGUUUUUUCUCCAAUAUAAAUUAUAACAAUAAUAAUAUUAAAAAAAUAAACAGCAGUAACUUCAGGAUGUAUUUACUAUUAAAGUGCUGAUAAAAAAUAUCGGAUAUAUACAUAUAUAUCCAAAUAUUCGGAUAUAUAUUAAAGUAUCGGAUAAUUUCGAAAAUAUGAUGAUAAUUUCGAACCCCUGAUUAGGGGCCUCCACUCCUUUGUUGCCCCGGGGCCUCCACACUUCCAAAUCCAGCCCUGGUUUGGCACUUUCAACUUUUAAGAAUUUGGAUGUUUUUGUUAGCGCCAAGGUAUUUUUAAAAUCUGAAGGAAAACGUUGUAAUGUUUUGUACGGAAGGAUGUGUGCAAUAACUAUGAUAAAAAUAAUUCCUACAGAUAAAACCCUGAGUUAAGACAAUUCCUGUAAAAAAAAUUCAAUUUUUUUUGGCAAAAAAACUAUUGAGAAGAGCAUUUUUGGAACAGUUUUGAAAUAUUCUGAAGAAGGUUCAGCCCUGUGUGUGGUUAAAGUAGGCACAACUUUAAUGAAGCAAAUUUAAUUUCUUGUUUGAAAAUCCUUUUGUACUUUACGACAUCAAAAACUGUCUAUAAUUUAUAAUAUUGCUUAGAAUAUUAUAAUGUAGUUGAAAAUCUUUCAACAACUUAAAAAAAUGGAAUUAUUGAAUGAAGCAAUUUGUUGUGCACAAUUCUGCUACUGUCAGCCCCGCUUAAUCGGGAAACCGAUAAACGAAUACCCUGCUUAUACGAAUAAAACCUUCCAGAACCGAAUAUUUCCCCAUAGACGCAAUGUUAAAAAUUCCCGCUUAAUGGAAUAAUUUCCCCCGGAUAAUCAAAUAAUACUGUUCAGCUGUGGCAAAUAUUUUUGCUGAGAAUAAUUUUGAAUAAAUUAAGUAGGAACAAUUAUUGAAGUAAAAAUAUAAAGUAAUAUUUUUCGCCGACAACGGGUGAGAAAAUUUGUAUUCCAUCAAAGAAUGUGCUAUUUUUUACCUUUUUCGUUUCUUUGUCUUUGCCAUUACAAAAGAAAGAAAAAAGAACAAUAGAUAACGCAGUCGAUAAAUAAAUUAAAUAGCACACAGAAAUAUACACAUUUUGGAUAAUAAAUUGAUAAGUAUUAAAUGUAAAACACAGUAGACGAGGGGGGGAAAAACGAGUCAGAAAAGUGUUCCCAAAAGACCUUGAGCAAGCAAUCCCUUAUUAUAGAUUUUUUCAAAAAAUAAUAUACUGAAAAAAGGUCUAGAGACAGAUUUCAUAACUCAAGUUGUGAAUUUCUUUUAAAAAAUUUUAUUGAUUUAAUUUAGUUCAGUAACUUUUUGUCAAUAACAUUAAUUAUUUCCUUUAUAUAACUAUUGAUCAAUUAGUAUUACGUUUUAAGACAAAUGUCAAUUUAGAAAGGGAAAGAAAGUUUCCCCGCUUAAUCAAAUACCCCGCUUAAUCGAAUAAAAUUUCUUGGAACCGACGUUUCAAUUAAGCAGGGGUGACAGUAUUUAUUUAUUUAUUUAUUUUUUGUAAAAUAAGGAGCAGUAACUUAUUUCUAAACUUUACUGGGUGAGCGCAAUACUAGUUCUAGUUUACUCCUCCUAGAUUUAAAAAAAUGAUAUACUAAAAAAAUUGAAAUGACGCAAGGUUAAUCGACAUGGCUCAAAAUAAUCCUAAAUUACUGUACAACAAAAUUAUAGUAUACAUGUUUUUUUAAAAUUUUAUUUCAUUAGUGAAACUUUUCAUAAUGUCUAGCACUAGAUUUGUUUUCGUUAUACAUAUAAUGUUUGCCUUUGAGUAACUUAGUUGAAGGUUUUAUUUUUCUUGUGCAAUAUUCUGUAAUGAUGAAUUUUGUUUGAAUAAUAUCUUUUUUUUUCCUUAAUAUUAUUUUAAUUUAUCUCCAAACUUUCAAUUCUUUUGUAAUAUAAGAUACUGUAUGAUAUUUGUAUCAAGCUAGGAUAAUAAUGUAAAUAUAUCAGCGCUUUUGUUUUAGUGUACAUAAAUGUAAUUCUGUUCCUGUAAUAGUGGACUCGCUAUACUGUAAAAGUCUUUGUAACAACAGCAAAAAAAAAAAAAAAAAGCAUAUUUAUUGUAAAGAAUAAAGUUUUA